UGGCAUGUUUUUUCGAUGAAAAAAAAAAUGUUCUACCGAUUUUUCGUUCAACAUAUUUUCACAAAAAGUUGCGGAGGUGCUGCGGAGGAGUUGCCUCCGUCGCAGAUACGGUCGUGGCGGACGUCUAUAAUCAGGAGGUCUUUGUUUUUAUAUUGAGAAAAUGCAUGUGUAAUCCUUAAGCUAGAAAGUUGUACAUUGCGAAUCUCGUGGAUGAAACAAACGGUUUAUUCUUCUGCGUACAUAUUCAUAAUUUGUUUGUUUUUCCUGAUUUCUGGAGGAUUCGACUCAUUCAACUUUAACAGUUGAGGCACGUCCACCGCGCCUUCAUAUAGAUUUUAAAAAAUGUAUUUACGUUUUUUUUUUACUUUAACUUAUUCAACUUUGACAGCUCUUUGAGUUUGGUGGGGCAGCAUUUCUGGUCAAAAGACCGGUCCAACGCCUUCCUCUUCGAGGAGGACGUGCGGCAGCUGGCCGUCGGCUGGACCCACAAUGCGGCGCUGCUCCGCAACAACGAGAUCCUCAUGUGGGGCCGCAACUGCUACGGACAGCUGGGCACGGGCUCGAUCAGCGAGCAGCAGGCGGUGCCCCAGCCACUGAGCCUCCGACUGCCCGACGGCCAGACGCCUGCUCGCGUGCACAUGGGGCAGAGCACGGCCUGCUGCGGACUACAGCCGGCGAGAUCUACACCUGGGGCUGGAACGAGCACGGAAACUGUGGCAACAACAGUACAGAGAAUGUAUGCAGCGCGUGAAGUUGGCCGGAGCUGGCUCGGGCUUCUGUUACGCCAUUUCCGAGUCGUCUGUUAAUUAAUUUUAUAAUAAAUGUUAAAAAUGCUUAAAAAUACUAAACGGAACAUCGAAAUUAAGGUAUUUGAUGUCGGAUCAUGAGCAAAAUUGUACGAAUAAUCAAACCCAAGCAGUUGGCGCUCUUUCUUCCAUCGAUAGUUGAAGAAACAUCGAUGUAUCGAUAGUAACAAUGAAGUUUUUCAACCUUCAGCAGCUUUACUUGAACUCCGCGGAAUUUUCGUUGCAAAUACUAUUUGCCAUUUUUACAGUGAAAAUAAAGUGCUUUGUUUUUCAAAAACUUAAUCUUUUCCACAGAAAAAAGAAGAUGUCGGAGAAUAGCUUCAACUCAAAGUAUUUGGACGAUGACGAUGAGGACGAUGCGAUUGCUGCCUCUGAGGGCAAAGUUUCGAGCCAGGUGGCCAAGCGCAUCUGGCAGCCAACCAUCGAUGAUACUACCCCUGGGGUCUGGGAGCCGCCCGCUCUAGCGGUGAGCGGGACCGCCUCGGACUUUAUACACGAAGUGAUGCGCUCUCUCUACGGCGACAACAGCAAGGAUCCGGAGAACGGCUCCGCCCAGUACUUCAAGGCGGCCGAGAAUUAUGCGCUGUUUGGCGCCAACUACAUGGGCUUGGAGGAGGACAAGAACAAAAAACCGCCGCCGGGCUUCGACCAAAGCUCCAGUCAGAUUGCGGCUGGAUCGGCCGGAGUAUCCGGCCAAAGCUACUCGGGGGGACCCCCUUCAUCCGGAAUGGGCGGCAUGGCAAUGUCCCAGCAGCCGCAGCACAAGGCCGCGAAUCAGCCAGGACCUGCAGCGCUGCUUCCACAGCAGCAGCAGCAUCCGCGUCAUCCUUCGCCAGCGACAGUGCCCAGGGUCAUAGCCGAGGCAGCAGCUCUGGCUGGAGCUGGGGCUGGCAUCGACAUUGGCCUGCACGCCCAUGGACAUCUGCCCAGUGCCACGGAAAUGGCCAUCGGACACAUUUACCAGGAGCUCAUGGGCAUGAAUUUCAAUCAGGCCAAUAUACAGCAGCAGCAGCAGCAACACCACCACCAGCAGCAGCAGCAGCAGCACCACCAGCAGCAGCAGCAGCAGGCGGCUCUCCAGCAGCAGCAGCAGGCGGCUCUGAAGCAGCAGGCGGCUCUCCUCUCCUACGGCCAAAAGGCCGUAACAGCAACUGGCAUAGUCCCUGACCCACACGACGUAUGUUCUCAAAGCGGUGUUUCUUGCGUAUCGUGCCCGUUUGCGUCGCCAGGUCCACUUCUGGGACAACUAGAGUACGGCCAGGACAUUACACUCCACACCCACAGAUUAGAUGACAUGGAGCGAUCGAGUAUUUGAACUAGUUUUAAAAUAUUUUGUUUGUUUGUU